CGUAUAACAACAAUCAUUUAAUUUUACGUGCAAUUUCUGAAAUUCUCUAGGUAAUCUAAAUGGUAGUCUAUACUCAUCGAAGUUUUCUCAAUAGACCCAGAGGAGGAGGUGUCCAGCCAGGUGAAACAGUCGAUCCAAUGGUUAAUCUACUACUAAAAGUGACAGUAUCUAGGAGAGGGAUAGAUGAUCUCCAGAAGAGGGGUUGUUUGUCACAGAGCAACGAUAGAAGCAGGACUGAAACAAUCCUUAAGGAAUAUCAGAGUAUCUAUGAGAGUCCCAGGACAUGACACAUAUCAAGACCAAGAGAUCAAAACCAUACAGCAGCUUCUUGGAAAGGAAUCUAGGUUAACUUUAGCUCUGACCAACAACAUAACCUGAGCAGACCCGAAACAACCGUCCAGGAAUUCAUAUGAGAGCCCCAGAACAGGACAUAAUCAUACAACAAAAGAAAGAGAUCAAAAUCACAUGGCAGAUCUUUGGAUUUUGGAAAGGGAUAUGUGAUCUGCUCCAGGAGUUUUGUAUAGCGCUGACCAACAACAGAACUUGACCAGAACUGAAACAACCGUCCAGGAAUUCAUAUAGAGCCCCAGAACAGGACGUAAUCAUACAACAAAAGAAAGAGAUCAAAAUCACAUGACAGCUCUUUGGAUUUUGGAAAGGGAUAUGUGAUCUGCUCCAGGAGUUUUGUAUAGGUCUGAGGAACAACAGAACUUGAGCAAAACUAAAACAUCCCUCCAUGAAUACCAGAACAUCAUUUGAGAGAUACUGGACAUGAGAACAUAAUCAUAAAGAAAAACCAAGAGCGAGCUCAUGUUCACUACUCUUGAAGAUAAAAAAAAGUGUAUUGUAAUUAUAAAGAAUGCAAUGGUAAGGGUUUUUGCAGAGAAUGGACUCUCUAAGGGAUGGAAGAAAUGUGAUACUUGAAAAAAUGGAGAAGACAGAUGUUCAUGUAGGAAAGGGUGAUGUUGAUGGCACAAAAAAGCAGAGAGGUUGUUCAAGUAAAUCUCUUUCAAAAUUCUCUUCCAAUUCAUCCAAAGGAAAAGUCCUGAGUGGAGACGGUGUAAAAAACAAUCAGAGAGAUGAGAUGGAUGGCGACUGUAAGUGCCAAGUAUGUGGACAGAAGUUUGCAAAUGAGGCCAACCUUGAGAAGCACAUGAUCAUUACACAUGCCAGUGGUAGGAGUAUUGAAGUAGAAAAUGGUUACCAGUGCUCAGUUUGUUAUAAAAAGUUUACUACUCUUGGAAGUAUCAGGACUCAUCUGAGGAUACACUAUGAGGAAGACCUACUUUUAUGGUUCUCUUGUGCCUUAUGUGGGGAGAGAUUUGGUAAUCGGUAUCAACUUAAUCGCCACAGAUGUGAUAAACUUGAUAGUAUUAGUAACCUUCAGCUGAUAAAGAAUAGUGUCAAGGGAAAGGCAUCUGAUUAUAAGUGUGCUGUUUGUGACAGGAUGUUCACGAGUAAGAGGACUUGGGAGACACAUAUGAAUAUUCAUUUGAUAGGUCAGCAGAAGCUCCAAUGCCAAUUGUGCCGCCUUAAAUUUAGGGCCACGAGCACGUUGAAAAAUCAUUUGAGUCAGCAUACUGAAGACUAUCCAUCGAAAUGUCCAUGGUGCCCUCAGAGGUUUCAUGCCAAACAGAACUUAAAAGGUCAUGAAAGAUUUCAUGACAUAGCCUGGCGUUCAUGCUAUGCAUGCUGCAUGUGUAGAAAGAGUUUUGUACGACAAAGGAAUAUGCAAGCUCACAAAUGCGAAGUACAACAAAAAGGCUGGGUAACUAAGUACGUAUGCAAUGUGUGUGGUGAAAGUUGUGAUGUAAUUUCCACCUUGAAAAUACACAUGGAAGCUCACUUAACUACCCAUCCACACACCUGCUUCCGCUGUGGUAGGGGGUUCCAAUCCAAGGAAAGUUUAAUGAAACAUAUGAAACUCCGUGUCUUGUCAAGUUCCUUAGAAGAUAAGAGGAUGGGGAAGAAAAAGGUGAAAAAUGAUUUUGCUUGUGGCACAAAGAAGCGCAUGGACCAUCCACAGAAGUCCCUUCAGACAGCUUGCACAAAUGCCAGUCCAAACAGGGAGGUGUUCCCUGGUCCAAAUAAAGAGGAAUUGAUCAAGAAGAGCGAGGAUAGUGUGCCUAAGAUGCACAAAGGGGAACAAUCUCAGUGCAGGUGUGCUUUGUGCGGGGAGACAUUGCUUUGCCAAUUUGAACUUAGUCGCCAUAGAUGUCAGUCACUUGAUAGUAAACUAUUGGAACGUGAUAAAGAGUCUUUAUAUAUAAGACGGCAAUAUAGUAAAUCUAAGGAAAGUAAGGAUUAUAUGUGCACUGUUUGUAACAGGAUGUUUAAGAUCAGGGACUCUUGGCGACGACAUAUGGCUGUACACUUGAGGCAAGACAAGUACAUUUGUCCUGUAUGUCCUAGAAAAUUCCAAAAUGACAGAGAUGCAAGAAUACAUUAUAUGAAGUUACACACUGGAGGUCACCCAUUCAAAGGCAAAUGGUGUCUAAGUUCAUAUGUGUAUUCUCAUGAGAAAAUUCACAAUCAAGCUUUGCAUCCAGUCUCUGGUAGAAGUAAGAAGACUGCUGUAGAUGAAGAUGAUGAUGAUUCAGAGAGUAAACCAACAAAAGAAUGCCGGGCCAAGUAUCGGUGUGACGCAUGUUGUAAGAAUUUCUCACGCUUGGCCAGUUACCGGAAGCAUGUGAAUAAGAAGCACAAUAUGGGUGUGAUCCAUAACGAAAGCUUGCCAUUCUGUUGUGCCUUAUGUGGGGAGAAGUUUGCUCUUCGCUAUCACCUUACUCGUCAUGGGUGUGUUGCACUUGACACCAAAGUGUUGGAGUGUAGGAAUGUCACUAAUAGCAUAACAAGUGGUUAUGAAUGUGCUGUUUGUAAUAGGAAUUUUGUCGUAAGGCCGACAUGGGAGGCCCAUAUGAGUCUUCACUUGGUGAAACAGGAGCAACAGUGUCCUGUGUGUUGUCUGCAAAUUCAUGAUGGCAAAGAAUUAGAUGCAAGAUCUCACACAAGAACUUGCGAUGGAGAAUCCAUGCCAAACAAAAUUGAGGCAAAAGAGAAAUACUUGUGCAGUGUAUGCGGCAAACUUUAUGAGUUCAACCCACACUUUGAGAAUCGUGCAAUCGGAGUCACCGAUCCCAAUCCAUAUCUGUGCUCUCUGUGUUCCAAAGGGCUCGGUUGCAAGGUAAAUUUGACACAUCAGACAGAAGAGCAGGCAGAAGAGCGUCUCUUAUCAAGGUCUCAAGAUAGUACGUCCUGUGUAGAUGAUCAAGGCCUUUGUGAGAACCAGGUGCCAUACUUGACUAAGCAUCAUCAUGAAGAGAAUGCGAACUCACCUGACAUAUGCACUGAGGAAGUCAAAGAGUGUCUAGAUUAUCAAAGCCUUGAUGACAGUAGGGUCAUUCCUGGCUCGACUAAGUGUUGUUUGGUAGAGAUUCAAGAAGAUGACAAUGCGUCUGACAUAUACACCGAAGAAGAGUUUGUCGAUGAUAGUGACAGCAAGGUGAUGCCCGAUUCGAGUUGGCAGAAUUUCGAAGAGAAAUACCAAUGCUUUUUGUGUGACGAGAAACUAGGUACAGAGGACGAAUUGAAAUCUCAUCUGCAGGUCCAUUGCAGUUAAAAUCUCGAGGUUUUUUAUUUCAUGAGUUUGUCUAGAGAAAUCAGAGUUACCUACAUUGUAGUGUGGAAAAAUAAUCAGAACUGUCACAAAAUCAUGCUGCCAUGCUUUUAAAAGGAUUAGCUGGCGUGCACUAUAGACAUAACUGCUUUAGGGACGCAAUGAUAGAGUCCACUAUAUGAAGAUUACCAUAAUACAAGAUGAUAUGACACAUCUACUCUCAUAGGCAAAGGAAUAACUGACCACUAUCUCCAGCUGGCCAGAAAAGACCACUAUUUAAGGUUUUACUGCAGUGUCGCCUGCAUGUCCAAAAUGAAUCUAAAUAAGUAUCACAUUAUUUACAGUUUUAGGUUGCAGUACAUAAUUGUACAUGUAUUGCGAUCAGGAAAGGGAAGUUCGUCAUUUUGUAAUUAUUAUAGUGAAACAUUUCUCUACACUUCUGCUGACUCCAUAAGUGGAAGUGCUUAGCAUUGCAAAUGCUUCACCUGUAGUUUUAAUUACAUACAUGUUCAUGUACAUGUCAUUAUAUCCAAUGUUUAAAGCCCCUAUCUGGGAUUUACAAGCCCUAAAAAAAAAACUUAUCUCAAAAUGUAUCUAUAGCAGCAAGAUGAGUUUAUGACAGUACCGGUAUGUGCACAAUUUCAUAUCAAGAUAAUGGUUUUCUAUGAUUGAAAAUGGAAGCCCUCACUUUGUACACAACAAAUGGGGUGAAUAAAACACUGCCAGUUGUAAUAUUCAAAUUUGAAACAAAGAAUGACUGUAAUUUUGCUUUUAAUUAAUAUUUUGCCACCACACUUUAAGGAAAGUUUUCAAUUAUGAUUUUUCCCCAACAUUUUGGCCCAUUUACAAGUCUUGAGAUUUUCACCUUGUACAUCCCUGCAACACUCUGUACAUGUACAUCAUGUUGAUAUUUAGUUUAACUGUUCCAUUGCUCUUGGUUGACUUCUCAUCGGUAAACUCAUUGUCCCUGCUUUGUACAUGAUUUAUAAGACUUAUAAGAUUUUUGCAUGUUUUUAUUGAAAUAUGUGUACUGGCAUUUGAUCAUCUGCCAUAUUCUACAUGCAGAUAGCAUCCAUCAGUAUCAAAAGAGAGCAAAAUAUAUUUUAUUUUGCCAGUGUAGUAGAGAUUUCAAAGUUCAAUAUACAUGUAAACUAUAAGUCAGAAAACCUGUCAUAGCUUGACAUAUCUGCAUGAAUUGUCAUAUUUAUUCUAUAAUUCAUAUUGUUAAGAUUUAGACAGAAAGGCAAAAUACAAUGUAUUUAAGAAAUGAUAAAAAAUGGAGAAGGGCUAGUCCAAGCUGUUAACUUUGCCGACCACGUCUAAAAUUUCAGUCUACCGGUAAUGGAUCAUAUGACUGUAUCAAGCUGAAACUGUGAUAGCCCUGCCCAAGCUUGAAGAUAUUUAUAACACUUUUAUAAAAUUUGUUAACAACAAAAAGUAAGAGUUGACGAUGUUCAUAUUGUAUCCCAUUGCUGGUAUGAAUGUGUAAUUGUAAAUGAGUAUGUACAAAACUAGCUUGAUUAUGUAACUUCUAAUGUACAUGUAUAUGUCUUCCUGUAAACUGUAUCGGUUCGAAGUUAUGUUUGCGUUGAUCGUGUGUCCAUUCUGAUUCAGUAGACUUUGGCUUUUUAAGUGCAUUUUGCUAAAAUGUUAUGAUUUUAUUUUUGUGUAAUUUGUACACAAAAAGAAUAACUGUAUUUUCUUACCCAGUUUGUAACUACAUGGACUUCCAUAGGUUACUAGGUAGUGGGCAAUAAAAGUGCCGUAAAAAAACAAUGUUCCUAUUAUAGUAUCUCUUUAAAACAUUCAAAUGCGCAGGCUACUUAAGUCAGUAAUAGGCAAGAUUUGAAGAAGUGAUUUUUAUUUAUUCUAUUUUUCUAUGAUUUUUUUUAAAUAACUUGUGACACACUAACAACUUCAAGUAAUCAUUAUCAUGAUUAUGUAUCAAAUAACAUACAACUACAACAUCAUCUAUGUUGUAAUUGCUGGAUAUUAUGAUGACCAUUCAUUUGGGGGUUGUAUGUGUACUCUCAAAUGUAAACAAUAUGUGUGACCAGUUCAUACAGGUGGGCAAUUAGUCCAGAUUAUGUCCGUUUAUAUAUUUGUUUAAUUCUUGAAUCAUCUAAAUGUAUGUCCUCCUCCCUUCCACGCAUUCUACACAGACCCCCGAAAAUACACCCGUCGUUUGCCUGGGUAAGAACUGUCCGUUCUAGCAUUGAGGAUUUUUCAGCUGUUUGGGCGUGCAACAUGUACAAAUUCCAGGCAGUAGACUAGUGAGCAAGUGAGCAACAUAAAGUAAUUUCUAGUGGGGUGGCCAGGUUUAACUGGUCUAUGUGCCAAAAUUAUAUGUUUAAAGAGCAUAAUUUUGUUAUUAUUUAGUUAUAACAGUUCAGCUCGCCCUAAUUGUAACUACGCGAUUUUAACAACUCUUGGAUGGUAUGGCCGCAUG